AUAAGUUGAACUUGUACGAUUGAAUGUGGAAUUGGAUCUGGGAAUAUCUAGAGAAAUGAGCUAGCCCAUACACAAGUAUAAACCAUUGAAUUAUAUGUAAUACAUUCAAUCAUAACAUGUUUUUUACUGCUAUCUAUUGUUCUCAGAAUGAUGAGAUUCCUAUUGGGUGGCCAUUUGGGCUUGGUAUUCUGAAUAUGAGACUAAGAGUUGUGGAAGCACUUCCAGCAAAUGUUUCGGCUGAGCCAUACUCAUUGUCAUUGCAUAUUCCUUCUGCAAGUUUUUCUUCAGUCUCAUCCUCCAACCUUGAUACUGAGUCAACAGCAUCAUUCUUUAAAGACAACAGUGUUUCCCUCGGGCAUCUAAUAGGAAUCAGACCAGGUGACAGAAAACGCUUAUACUUCCCAAACCCAUUAAAGUUUGAAGAAAAAGAGAACAAACCAUUAGCAAAGGUUUCUUGUUCUAAUGAUACCUCUAAAUCACAAGAAGUUGACAUGUCCUGUGGAGUUUGCGUUCCCUCGUUACUUGAUCCUCUGCUAAUAAAGAUCAGCAAGAGUAAGAAAAAUUCAAGGAACUAGUAGAGCAUUUGAUGGUGUAUGUGCAAAUCUGUGAUCAAUUUCUACUAGCUACUCAAAUUAACAAAAUAAUUGUUUCAACCAAUUUUUCCAUUUUGAUUUUCACAAGUUUGAUGUAACUCUGUUUUAUUUUAGAUUAUGGGAUUAUCAAAACCGAAUUUGACAUAUGUGUAAUUCUAUAAACGAUAUUUACUUAUAUAUUCUAAAUACUAUGGUUAU